CCGAUGGGAAAUGCAUUCAAAAAAUUUCGUACGGAUAUUUUUGGUAUUUCUUGAGUUAUCGUGCUCACAGUCAAACACACACACAUACACACACACAUACACACACACAUACACACACACAUACACACACAUACAAACCCAGAUGAUUACAUAACCUCCUGGCGGAGGUAAUAAAAACGAAGUACUGCAAUACUAUAAAUAUUUACCGCGUCCACUUUGUCUUUGUAGUAACUUUAGAACAAAAACUGGCGUUUCGAUAGAAAAGAUCCCUUGGCUUUUUAUACGCUGUAUUUUUAUUGAAUAAACUAAAACAGGUGACGAACAGUCGGGAAUGGUUUUCUACAGCCAAUCACUUAUAAGAAAACAGCCGUAAACAACCUAAUUAGAACAAAAUCUUUGUAUUGUUUGAGUCGUGUAUUGAAAAUUUAAUUCAGUUUACAAGCUACUAAAAUGGAAAAAUCGCGCGUUUACAUUGGAGAUUUAAAAAAAUCGCCCUAGAAAUCGUAGCAAAAAUUGCAAGUGUAAACAAGCCUUAACCAACUGAGCUACAGAGGCCAGUUGUUUAUAUAUAUAUAUAUAUAUAUAUAUAUAUAUAUAUAUAUAUAUAUAUAUAUAUAUAUAUAUAUAUAUAUAUAUAUAUAUAUAUAUAUAUAUGUAUGUAUAUAUAUAUAGCUUAAGAUUUUGGUUUACGAAACACAAACAGUGCUCAAUACCAUAUAGAUAGGGCGUAAUAUAGUUUUUCGUUUUACCUCAAAAAACCACAACAGUCUGUUUCAUCCGUAUAGGAAUCAUGAUGAUUCCUAUACGGAUGAAACAGACUGUUGUGGUUUUUGAGGCAAAACGAAUCCGCUAAAAGCCCUACUAUGAAGUCACAAUCCAGGAUCCGAACUAAAUUGCAAGCUAAAUCCACAAUCCGAGCCAAAAUGUUAGGUAAAUCCGCAAUCCGCUGUAUUAGUAAGAUCCACAAAUCCGUGUAAAAUAUUCGCCAGAUCCGAAAUCCAAACAAUUUUUUCUGUGAAAUCUGACGAUCCGAAAAGCUAUUCACCCCUCCCCCCCCCCCUAACAAUUAUACCAUUUGCUCUCGUCACAAUUAUACCAUUUGCUCUGCUGAGCUGAUAGCCAAAUCUGUAUAAAAUUCUGCAGAACCCAAUUUAAAAAAUAUAUAAACAUGGUUUUUCGAAAUAAGUUUUUUUGCGCUCUACAGAAUUUUUUUAAACUUGGUCAGCGAAUAAUUGUUGACUCGAGCGGGAUUCGAACUCGUAUCUUCGGUUUCUAGAUCGCCGCUCUACCCAUUGAACUAUUGAUUCAACAGGGAUUGGUAGCGAAUCUUCUCCAAUUUAAGUACACGAAAUAAUUCGUGCCGACUUAACGGUUGUCUUGGAGAACACGCAGUGUUACAAUUCUAUUUCAGAGCCAUCUUCAGGGAUAUGAACUCGAAGACGCGAGUUCGAAGAUUACAACAAAUUUUUCGUUGUAGUUUUCAGUGUCAGAAUAAAUAUGACAUUGAUGCUAAAUAAUUAUUGAGGUUAAACUGUUUUGGUGUUUCGGCCUUUCUCAGUAAUUUUACCAUGCAAAUAACUGUACAUUUUUUCCGCCUAAUUUCAGAUCAAUAUUUCUUCGGAACAUGUGAGUGUAAAAGGUGAAGCCAAUCUGGCAGGAGCUCUUGUCCUUGUCAGGCAAUAUAUUUCUUCCAUUUCCAAGGAUUCUUUGAUGCAGCAGUUUGAGGUAACAUUGUACAUAUACUGGAAUCUGUCCCUCUCUAAUGCAAAUGCAAUGCAUUAAUUAUUAUAUUAACUUUAUUAUUUUAUAGAUGCUAUGUUAUCAAGCUGUUGACCAAGUCCUGUGCCUUAUAUCAUCUGCAACGAUAACCUUGGCAAGCGAGACGCCCGCUAGAACGUUCCUUGCGUUACUUGUUCUGGAUAUUCUUCAAGUGGUGUGCGAUAUUUUUGAGCGUGAUAGAGCCCAGGACCUUCUCGCACCUUUGAUUGCCACGUUCUUUUCAUGUUUUGAGUCUUGUAAUUCUCCCACUCAGGCAGAAAAAGGUGCUUCCAGCAAACAACCUUGUGCGAACGAGAUACGCGAGACAUUCACUGCAUCAUUAGCAUAUAAUGCGUACAUUCUGCUUUGUAAGUCUCUCGGUGACACAUACAUGUCAGCAACUUUAGAUAAAAACUAUGAUAUGAUAUGGCAGUUAUGUUGUUCGGUAGACCAAGCGCUGUCUAACCACACACCGUCCCCAACUUCUCAACCAGUCUUUGUAUUAUCAGACGAGGAAUCUGAGACAGUACACGCAACAUCAAAAGUUAAACCCACGCCAAAUGCUACGGAGAAGAAGUCUUUUGAUUCAGAAAAUUUUUCGCCAGACAUGGAAUCUCGUAAGGAUGUGAAGAGUGCAAGUUUAGAACGAGCCGUGCCUGCCCAAUUGGAAACAAGGUAUAAUAUGCAGUGGGCGAUUAUCUAUUACUGAGUGAUAUCGAUACUGUCCGGUACCAGGCUACAGUGCAUGGGAAGUAUAGUGUACACCAAGACAUUACAGCGGAAAUGUUUUCGAGUUUCCGAUAACUUGUGACAUUACCCUGUUUUGUUCUAACUAAAUUACAAAUGACAGCGUUUUUGUAUAUGCGCAAACGCAAAUAUAAUGCUAUCGUAAGUGUGCUAGUGUGUUAGUGUAUGUAUGUUACCUUGCAGCCAAUCAACGACAAAUAUUACUUGUACUUCACGUCAUCUCUCGUUGCUCGAAAUGAUGUAACUGAAGCUAACUGGCCAUACUGACUGAAAGUUUAGGCUGCAUCACGCAUAUAAUAUUCUGCACACUGUUUUGUUGUUUAACAAACACCAACAACAGUUGCUGCUGUAAAUAGUACAGUCAACACUAUGUGCUGAUACAUGUACGCAUAGCGUAACUAUUUUUAAAUUUGAUUGCUAUACCAGUUUGCUUAUUACGGUUAUAACUUAUAAGUCAAUGAAAGUAUUAUUUAACUUAAAUGAGUCAUUACAAUAGCAUACAUUACAACAGCAUACAUCCAUUGCUGUGACUAUUGAGUUGGGUGUAUAAAUCCAUAAAGAGUCCACAGUUAAUACUGUAAUUGAUUAUAUACAUUAAAUAAUUACCACGGCAAUUGCUUAAUUUUAGGUCCAAGGGCACGUUUGUGUCAUCAAGACAACACUUGGCUGGAAACUGGCUCAAAUAUUGGAAGCAUCAUUUAGGUAAGUUUAUGUAAGUUAUGAUUUUUAUUGAUGAAUUUAAUAAGAUAGAAAAAGAACACGGUUGUAAACUUUAAUUUGGAUAUCUUCAGUCACAUUUACGAUCUUGAUAUUUAACCAAUAACAACUUGUUAUUCCUAACUCUCCAAACUUACUUUCUGCCCAUGUUUCCUGUUAAACAGACUUCCCAUUUGUCUUCUUAUUUUGCAAAGCGCCAGAGUGUGUCCCAUUUUGUUUUCACACUCUACUGCCAGACGUUGUUACUCGACACUGGGAAAGUGCUUGGACCGGUUGCACGAAGGUUGCCUAGCUCCAUCCAUCCAUCAGAGAUUUUUUCAAACUUUUGAAAAAGUAAUUUUAAUUUCUAAACACUAAAUUUUAAUCCUCAUGGUUAUACCAGUCAACAUAGCGCUAUCCUGUCCUGCCUUAGUACAACCCGGCCCCUGGGCAUUAAGAUCAUUCAUGUGCAAGUUGGAUACACCCUCCCUGCAACAACAGUGUAAUCCAAUCGCGAAUCGUUGAUUGGAAUGUUUCAUUGAGAUUUCGUUGUGAAAAUUUUAUUCUUCUCCAUGGAAUUCCUUUUGUGGCUUUCUUAUUGUGGUAGCCUAUGAUGACGUAAGUCAUAAAUAAAUGUUAUAAACUUUAAAGUUAUGGCUGCUCUAUAAUAUUAUACCAAUUACUGCCAUUCAAAAGAAUUAAUGAAUAAUCAAUUUUAGGAAAAAGGAAAAGAAUCGAUGGCAGCACGUUUUCGCAACUAAGACUUCAAACUUUCGCCGGUAAGCGUCCUAUUAAAAAAAUAGUUUCUAAAGCAUGCUUAUUCUUGUUACCAUUUAAAUUACUUAGUUACCUUCGUUCAAUUCGAUGCUUACAACAAACAUGUUAUUAUUGAAUACAUAGGACACAGUGAUGUGGUAAAGGAUAUCCACAUUCAAGACAGCGAGCAUUUGUUUUUGUCCGCUAGCCGAGACAAAACUGUCAAGCUCUGGUUACUCAAUAACCAUGGCGACGGAACUGGCCAAUCAGCUUGCUCCUGGACAACUUAUGAUCACCGUAAGCCAGUUUUUGCUGUGGAUGUUAUAGACGUGAUGAGACAAGCGGUCUCGUGUGAUGGUUCUGUUCAUGUAAGUUCGUUUCAAAAUUUCAAUUAGGCCAAAAAAAAUAUGUGGGUUUCCCGACCCUACCUAGCUUUUGGACGUCGAAAUCCCGACCCUAAACUUUUUUUAUUGGAUCAUGCUUGUAAGUGUUUCCACUUAGAGGAAAAAGUGUGUGGAAAAUUGAAAUUUGAGGCAAUAUUAGGGAAAUUUAUCUUUGGAUGUGGAAGCACUGACUAAACAAAAUGGCGUCCG